UCUCUCUCUCCUCUCGUUUCCGUCGCCGAUGCGUCUCCCCCGUGUCGUCGCGCGAUUUCAGUGACGUCCGCACAUUCUGAGGUGACGUGGGCACCGACGGGAGUGGUGGUCCUCCUCCUCCCUCUCCAGUUUCUCUCUCUAUCUCUUAUUUUUCUCUCUCUUCCAGGGUUCGGUUGUCUCCUCGAGUGUUGGUUCGGUGCUCGGUAGUCGAGGCUCAAGCGGGUUUGAAUAUCUUCCCUCACCUCUACUUCUAUCGCUUUCUAUCUCGAGCUGUUCUACUUUGGUCCGGGAGAGAAGAAAGGCGAGGAUGCUUGCUGGGAAAGAAUUUGCUGGCUUACUGGUUUUGCACUAGAUCAAAUGUUCUCCAAGUUCCAUGCCAUCUCUUUGUCAGUUGAAUUAUGAAGGAUCCAGGACUAUGGCUCCUAGCUUCUCCAAAUGAAGGAACGCCAGCGCUGGAGAGCUGAAGAAGACGCCAUUCUUCGAGCAUACGUGAAGCAAUAUGGGCCGAGGGAGUGGAACCUCAUCUCCCAGCGCAUGAAUGUUUGCCUCGAAAGAGAUGCCAAGUCAUGUCUUGAGCGUUGGAAGAACUACCUCAAGCCAGGCAUCAAGAAGGGUUCUCUCACAGAGGAAGAACAGCGACUGGUGAUUCACCUUCAGUCCAAGCACGGCAACAAGUGGAAGAAGAUUGCAUCAGAGGUACCUGGUCGCACUGCCAAGCGGUUAGGCAAGUGGUGGGAGGUCUUCAAGGAAAAACAACAGCGUGAGCUGAAAGAGAGCAACAGGGUUUCAUCAGCACCCAUUGAACCUGGGAAAUACGAUCGCAUUCUUGAGAGCUUUGCAGAGAAACUGGUGAAGCAACGACCCGUCGCUCCGCUGCUCAUGGCAACACCAUUGCUUCCUCCAUGGCUUGCAAAUUCCAAUAACACGAGCUCGCCAUCAGUUGCCCUCUCUCUCUCACCAUCAACAAUUCCUGCUGCACCACCUGCACCCUGGGUGCAGAUUGAAAGAGGGGCACCUGACAGUACAUUAGGCCUGAUCAAUUCACAACAGAAUGUUUUUGCUGAGCUGGUUGAGUGUUGUAGGGAACUGGAGGAAGGGUAUCAGGUUUGGGCGGCACAUAAAAAAGAGGCUGCGUGGCGGUUGAAGAGAGUUGAACUGCAACUAGAGUCAGAAAAGGCGUGUAAAAGGAGGGAGAAAAUUGAGGAGAUUGAAUUGAAGGUGAGGGAACUAAGGGAGGAGCAGCAGCUGGCGUUGGAGAGGAUUGAAGCUGAAUGCAGGGAACAGCUACUUGUUUUGAGAAGAGAUGCAGAAGCCAAAGAACAGAAGUUGGCAGAGCUGUGGUCUGCAAAGCAUGGUACGUUAAGCAAACUCAUAAAGCAGAUGACCGGUCAUCAUUGAGAAGAAGGGAAGGACUGCUACAUUUCCUGUUAUUCUGCUGAGUUUUACAUAUGUGAGGCUUAUGAUACUUCCUCUUUGUUCAAGUCACUUAUUGUGGUAUUUUCAUGGUGAGAGUUUUUACUGCAAUGGAUUUAGUUUUUCAACUUAUGAAUCAUGGAUAGAGACUUGCUUAACAAUUUUUAAUGAAAAUUUUCAUUAAAGUUUA